AAAGAUGGCGCCGACAGGACGGCAUUGUGACGCGACCGCACGUCCGCCGGAAGUGUCCGGAGGAGAGCCUGGAAGCCGGCUCACCCUUGCGCCUGUGGUUAUCUUGAGCUUCGCGAUUUGAGCACGAGUUGCCACUCUUCUAGCAGGAUCAUGGUGUUCUACUUCACCAGCAGCAGUGUUAACUCAUCUACUUACACUAUCUACAUGGGAAAGGAUAAAUAUGAAAAUGAAGAUCUGAUAAAGUAUGGCUGGCCUGAAGACAUUUGGUUUCACGUGGACAAACUCUCUUCGGCUCAUGUAUACCUUCGAUUACAAAAGGGAGAGAAGAUAGAAGACAUUCCAAAGGAGGUUCUGAUGGACUGUGCCCACCUUGUGAAGGCCAAUAGCAUUCAAGGUUGCAAGAUGAACAACGUUAAUGUGGUAUACACACCAUGGUCUAACCUGAAGAAAACAGCUGACAUGGAUGUGGGGCAGAUAGGCUUUCACAGGCAGAAGGAUGUCAAAAUUGUGACAGUGGAGAAGAAAGUGAAUGAAAUCUUGAACCGAUUAGAAAAAACCAAAUCGGAGAAGUUUCCCGACCUAGCAGCAGAGAAAGAAGGUCGAGACCGUGAAGAGAGGAAUGAGAAAAAAGCCCAGAUUCAGGAAAUGAAAAGGAGAGAGAAAGAAGAGAUGAAGAAGAAAAGGGAAAUGGAUGAACUUCGGAGCUACUCGUCACUAAUGAAAGUUGAGAAUAUGUCCUCAAAUCAAGAUGGUAACGAUUCGGAUGAGUUCAUGUGAGCUGAGCAAAGGACCCUGGGAAGACAUGAAUGUGCAGACCAUUACAGAUCUUUUGAUUUCAUCUAUGUUCUGAAUUAUAGAAACCAACCAACCAAAAUUCUACCUUCAUUCUACAUAGACAUCACUCAUUUUGGAGCUUUUUGUUUUUUUUAAGUCAUUUUUUUGCUGAUGAACAGAUGUGUAAUAUAGUUGAACUUGAAGACAACUUAUAACUCUAGGAAAAGAAAACUAUUUUUGACAGAACAUAUGUCAGAACCUCAUGAAGGCUGGCUGCCUCUGUUCCUGAGGUAGACGUUUGAGCAGACCAACUCUGGAAAGUGUUUCUGUGGCUGUGGUCUGUCCUGGAAACAGACAUCAUCACAAAAUGCGUUUCCUAUUUCUGAAAUAUCUCUGCUUCUCAUAAGACUGCCGGUGGGUUACUCGGGCCAGGGCCCCUGAUGACGAUUUCCUGAUUGGAAGAAGGGUCUGUGAGUUUUGAAGACAGUGGUAGUACUUCAGACUUGGGUUUCAAUAUUGAGAAGUUCUCUCUUGUUGGUUUCAGGGUAGCUAGCCCAGCCCUUAGCUUCUUCCAAGGGUCAUGUUCUCAUCCUUAAGGUGAGGGCCCUUGUCUUAGCAUCGUGGUUACACAGUUGAUCUUAACCAAGUUUAGGAACUUGUUAACCUGAACUACAAGUGACCCAAGCCACAGAUGUGACAACUAGGCUCUGAAGUCACUUCUCGGUGUGGAGGGAGACAGGGAGGGGCGCUCUGCCAGUAGUGGGAGUGACACUGCCUCAUUUUUGUCUUGACUAUAUCAUGAAACAAAAGUCCACAGUGGUUGUGAGUUUUCAAAAGAAUCAAGCAUUUUCUUAGUCAGCAAGUCAUCUGUUUCCUUACUUUGAAAUAAUAUUUAUUUUGAAUUGUAACCCCAGAGUUAUAGGCUCGGUGACUUCACACAGAGCACUGGUACUGGUCCGAGCCACCUGCUGUCCAGGAGACACACUUUUAUUGCAGUGUUUAAGGGAACCCCUGUAGAGACACAGCAAAACAAUGAGAGAGAAGAGAGGGCAAAGCCUGCUGGGAAGUGGCCUGCAGAUCCAUAUUUUCGCAUACCACCACACAGUGCCCACAGCUCUAGGGUGCUGAGCCAGCAGAAAUGAUUUCUUCAGCAAAUGUACCAGCUGUCAUCACUGAAGUAUGGGCAAACCCAGAAGACCUAUGAUGCCUAGUACUUCAAGUUGAGUAUGAGUUGAACUGGAAAAUUCCCUGAGGCAUACAUUACUCAUUAGCCAAAUUUGAGGGGGUAUGGAAGCCAGCACCAGAGGGUGUAUGUAUGUAUGUAUGUGUGUGUGAUAUUUAGACUGGAGUUCUGUGAUUUUAAAAAAUUAUAAUAAAGUAUCAUUUUUAUCAGAAAAGA